AUGGAGAGUCUAUGGAAUCUGUUGUAUCUGCUAGAACCAGCACCAGCUACUCUCAUUGUGACAGCUGUCUCGGUGACAUUCGCAUCAGCUUUCCGUGCACUUAACUACGGCAAAGAGAUGGAGAGAAACCGUGACUUCUCCGAAGCAUCCAUAACACUCGAUAGCUCUCAGGCCUUGAUGAUCCCUGUCGUGAGCUCUUGCAGUUUGCUCCUCAUGUUCUAUCUCUUCUCUUCUGUCUCUCAGCUCCUCACCGCGUUCACAGCCAUCGCCUCUGUUUCGUCACUCUUCUUUUGGUUAUCACCGUAUGCAAUGUACGUCAAGUCGCAGUUUGGUCUCUCUGAUCCCUUUGUCUCUCGCUGCUGCUCGAAAUCGUUUACAAGAAUCCAAGCGUUGCUUCUGGUGGCUUGCGCCACGACAGUCGUGGCAUGGCUAAUCUCUGGACAUUGGCUGCUGAACAACUUGCUUGGGAUCUCUAUCUGUAUAGCCUUUGUCAGCCAUGUUCGUCUUCCUAACAUCAGAAUAUGCGCGAUGCUUCUCGUGUGUCUCUUUGUAUAUGACAUAUUCUGGGUUUUCUUCUCUGAGAGGUUCUUUGGUGCUAACGUAAUGGUGACGGUGGCAACACAGCAAGCAUCGAACCCUGUUCAUACAGUAGCUGACAGUUUGAAUCUUCCUGGACUGCAACUGAUCACAAAGAAACUCGAACUUCCGGUGAAGAUUGUGUUUCCCAGGAACCUAUUGGGUGGUGUGGUGCCUGGUGUGAGUGCCUCAGAUUUCAUGAUGCUUGGUCUUGGUGACAUGGCUAUUCCUGCAAUGCUUUUGGCUUUGGUGCUCUGCUUUGACCAUCGGAAAAGUAGAGAAGUGGUGAGUCUUUAUGAUCUGAAAUCUUCAAAGGGACACAAAUACAUAUGGUAUGCACUUCCUGGGUACGCCAUUGGCUUGGUCUCAGCUCUAGCUGCAGGUGUCUUGACCCACUCACCACAACCAGCUCUACUUUAUCUGGUACCAUCGACGUUAGGACCAGUGAUCUUCAUGUCAUGGAGGAGAAAGGAUCUCGCGGAGCUCUGGGAAGGAUCUGCAGUAUCCAAUCCCGUUGAGAAAUCUCAUGAGAUUGAGAUCUGA